AGGGCCAAGAUGGCUGCGCCCGUGACAAACACCGGGGAGUUUGAAACCUGGCUAAAUGAUCGGCUAGACUCUCUAGAAGUGGACCGAGAGGUGUAUGGAGCGUACAUUUUAGGGGUAUUACAAGAAGAGGAAAGUGACGAGGAGAAAGCAGACGCUCUUCAAGGAAUUUUAUCGGCAUUUCUGGAUGAAGACACGGUGGACGAUGUCUGCAAACAGAUCAUCGAGCAGUGGACGGAGUAUCGCAAACAGUCGGCAGCAAAACGGGACGCAGAUGAUGUUGAGGUCCAGGCCAUCGCGAGUAUGAUAGAAAAACAGGCUCAGAUUGUGGUGAAACAGAAGGAGGUAUCCGAGGAGUCGAAGAAAAGGAAAGAAGCUCUCCUGGCUCAGUAUGCCAAUGUAACAGAUGAAGAGGAUGAAUGUGAAGAAGCGGAGCCAGCGAGUGGAAAUGCCAUCUCUGCAAAUGAGAAAUCCUUGUUCAGGAACACCAACGUGGAGGAAGUACUGAACAGACAAAAGCAAAAGCGAGAUCAGGCCCGUGAAGAUGCCCAGAAGAAGAAGGAAACGGACAAGAUGCAAAGAGAGAAGGACAAACUAGCCAAACAAGACCGGAAAGAGAAGGAGAAGAAGCGCACACAAAAGGGCGAACGCAAAAGAUAAAGGCCAAGAGAAAGGACACUUUGUAUGUGAAGAGAUUUUGUUAUAAAACAAAAAUGAAAACCAUGACUUCCUCUUUUUAGCUAAACGUUAAACGGCACCUUCAGUGAACAUGACUUCAUCAAACCCUUCUUGUUCAUUGCUCUUUAAGUCUCUAUAUGUAAAGUAAAAUGUACCGGAUGUUGUUCAGGUCCCAAUUUAUUUCUCCUGGACACUGAUUUGAGUGGAUAUAGGCAGAUGUUUUCUAGGACUAAAACUUACUGUUUAUGGUGUUUUAUACUGUAAGUGUCAGUAUAAGAUCUACUUAAGUGUUGAACACACUUAAGUUGCCCCUGAAAUGAUCAAAGAAACACACAUUAUGUUGACAAAAACGAAGGAUCGGCUGAGUGAUCCAGUGUGUUUGCUGAUUUUAUGAAUGCCUUUAAAUUCUUCAUCCGUUGCAUUGAAAGCUCAUACUAUCCGUUUUUGAUUCUUUAGGUUUUAGUUUUUCAAUCUAUGCAUUAUAUCUGAGAAUGCGAACAAAGAAGUGGUUACAAAGUUAUACCUCAAACACGUCAUGUACCAUAAUUUGUAUGUUUAUUUUGGGGUGCACCAUCUUUUUAAAUUAAUAAACGCAAACCUGCUUAA